AUGGCGGCGGACGCGGGCGCGGCGGCGGCGGCCCGCGAGCGGCGGCGCGAGCAGCUCCGGCAGUGGGAGGCGGCGCCGGCCCCGCCCUGCCCCCCGCGGCCGCCGCGCGCCCGGGCCGUGCGCUUCGAACGCGCCGCCGAGUUCCUGGCCGCCUGCGCGGGGGGGGAGCUGGGCGAGGCCCGGGCCAUGCUGCGGGGGGGGCCCGGCGGGGAGCGGCCCGGGCCCGGCCUGGUCAACGGCACCAACGCGGACGGGAUCAGCGCGCUGCACCAGGCCUGCAUUGACGAGAACCUGGAGGUGGUGCAGUUCCUGGUGGAGAACGGAGCCGACGUGAACCAGGCAGACAAUGAGGGCUGGACGCCCCUGCAUGUUGCUGCCUCCUGCGGCUACAAGGAGAUCGCCCAGUACCUGCUGGCCCACGGCGCUCAGGUGGCGGCGGUGAACAGUGACGGGGAGAUUCCUCUGGAUAUCGCCGAGGAUGACGGCAUGGAGGCGCUGCUGCGGGAGGAGAUCGCCAAGCGAGGGGUGGACGUGGCGGCUGCCAAGCGGGAGGAGGAGGAGCUGAUGCUGCAGGACACGCGCCAGUGGCUGAACGCCGGGCACAUCGACGACACGCGCCACCCCAAGACCGGAGCCAGCGCCCUGCACGUGGCCGCCGCGAAGGGCUACAUCGAGGUCAUGAGGCUGCUCCUGCAGGCCGGUUAUGACCCCAAUGUGCGGGACAAGGAUGGCUGGACCCCCCUGCACGCGGCGUCCCACUGGGGGGUGGAGGAAGCCUGCCGUCUGCUGGUGGAGCAUCUGUGUGACAUGGACACCCUCAACAACGUGGGCCAGCGGCCGUGCGACCUGGCAGACGAGGACACGCUCAGCCUGCUGGAGGAGCUGCAGAAGAAGCAGGAGGACCUGCGCAGCAAGAAGGAAGCUCACCUGAAGCAGGCGGUGAUCGAUACCAGCGCAGAGCAGCAGCCCGUGUACAGCGCCAAGCACAGGCGGAGCUCCGUGUGCCGCAUGAGCAGCCGGGAGAAGAUCUCGGUGCAGGACCAGUCCAAGGAGCGCAAGACCCUGGGCCCCAUUGUCCCGGAUGAGGAGAACAGCUCCGCCUCCGAGGGGGAGGAGCCGGAGAAACCCAUCGAGUCCACGAAGCCCCUCACUCAGGAGAGCAGCGGCUUGAAUGGGAUCGCCCUGCCCCCCGUCUCCCCUGCACCGACGGGGCCCAAGUUCUCCGGAGGCCGCCCCACAGCGUCGGAGGAUUCGUCGGCACCCGCCUGGAGGGCAGGGCUGCGGAAGACGGGCAGCUUUGGGGUGCUGCAGGACGCCCGGCUGGACGAGGGGCCCCCCAAGGAGGGCAGAAUCAAGCGCUCGGCAUCCAGCCCCAGGCUGGACACAGAAGAGAAGCCACAGGACAUCUGGGAAAUCCUACAGAAGUGGAACAGGACUCUGAUUGGCCCGGGGUUAGCCAAUAAGAGCGUAGCCUCAGAGCUAGCCAAUCGGGAGGAAGGGAGUUCAUCAGGUGACCUGAGCAAGGAGCCACCACGCCUGGCCCGGGUCCCGCCAACACCCACCCGGCGUAUCUUCACCCUGCCAGACGCAGAGCCAAGCCGAGCGAGCUUGGAAGAUGGUCUGCAGAUGAAAAUCGACGUGGGUCCUGCCCCCAACCAGCUCCCCACUUCCAGCACAGACCCCCGCGACCGUCGAAGAUCGUAUCAGACCCCCGUGAGGGAUGAGGAGUCGGAAUCCCAGCGCAAAGCCCGGUCGCGUCUCAUGAGACAGUCCCGGCGAUCCACCCAGGGCGUCACACUCACAGACUUGAAGGAAGCCGAGAAGACCAUUGGCCGAUCUGGGGACGCCAGGGCCCCUGAGCAGCGAAUCGGGGAGGACGGGAAGCGGGGCCGAGAAGGGGAGCAGCUGCUGGACACCAUGGACUCGGCCAGGCGAUGCCGCACAGCCAAUCCUGAGGGCUCCUCGGUGUAUCCCGUGAAUCCCAUCGUGGUGAACUCUCAGGCAAAGAAAGCGCUGGAGCCCGAGGGGCUGGGGAUGGGCUCUGAAGUGGAGGCUGAGUUGCGGAACCGACUCGCCGUGCGGGACCGCCGGAAAGGCCGGCGGGAACGACGCUCCACGGGCAUGGUGCAGAACGCAGAGGGCGACGAGACCGAGGAGCCAGAGCAGCUGAACGACGACGCCCCGGGAUCCAGCACGUCCGACCACUUGAACAGCCUCCUGCCCCACCGGACGGAUGCCUACGGCUGCGCCAGGCUCAGCAGCGUGAGCAGUGCCGGGGACGAGCAUGAAUACAAAAAGCUCUAUGAAGAUCUCCAGGUGGAGAAUGAGAAGCUGAAGGAGCAGCUGCAGGAGACGCAGCUGAAGCUGACUCAGAUCAAGCUGGAGCUAGAGCGGGUGACCCAGAGGCAGGAGCGCUUUGCCGAGCGGCCAGCGCGGCUGGAGCUGGAGAGAUUUGAGCGCCGGGCCUUGGAGCGGAAGGCGGCAGAGCUGGAAGAGGAGCUGAAGGCUCUCUCAGACCUGAAGGCCGAUAACCAGCGCCUGAAAGACGAGAACGCGGCUUUGAUCCGGGUCAUCAGCAAACUCUCCAAGUGACGCCCCCCGUCCAGGGCAGGGAGUCACCCCAAUUCCCGGGCCAACCCCUUCCAACCGGCAGGGAGCCCCCCUACACUCCAGACCAGCUCCCCCAGCCAAGAUGUCAUGGGAGGGGGGAGUCUAUGGACCAGAAUAAGCUCCUCCUCCCCACAGCAGGACCACACCCCCUUACGCCUCCCCCUCAAACCAGGGAUCGCCUGAUAAACCUCCCCCACAAAUCUUUCCUCUGGGGGGAGGGGUAUCUGAGCCCCCCUGAUCAUCAGACCAAACGUGCUCCCCCAAACCCAGCCCCCUCCCUGGGACAAAUAUUUAUUAUUUGUGACUCUUGACAAUUCCUGCUACUUGUUAAGUGAUGCUUGUUGCCAGUAGCUUGGGGAGGGGGCAGAUUCCCACCUGCCCCCCUUCCUCAGUCCCAGCCUCGGGGUGGGGGGGCCUGUAAGCCAAA